CACACACCACAGACCACAGGCCCGGAACAACUUUCUAACUUUCUGGGCUGAACCGUUGGGUGAGCGUGCCUCCUGCACCUGCAGACCUCGCCAGGAAGACACCAUCCUCCGCAGCCAUGGUGCCUGGGACAGGAGGCGGCUGGGACUGCCUGGUGCUGGCCACCGCAGCAGCCCUGACCUGGUUCAUGUGGCUCCCUGGUUGCUGCGGAUCCCGCAUUGUUGGAGGCCAUGAGGUGGAACCACACUCCCGGCCCUACAUGGCCUCCGUGAGCUUCGAGGGCCAUCACCACUGCGGAGGCUUCCUGCUUCGUGCCCACUGGGUGGUGUCAGCCGCCCAUUGCUUCCGUGACAGGGACCCCUCCACUGGCCUGGUGGUGCUUGGCGCCCACACACUGCUCACCCCGGAGCCCACACAACAGAGAUUUGGCAUUGCAGCUGCCAUCAGCCAUCCUGAUUUCCAGCCUGCCACACAGGCCAACGACAUCUGCCUGCUAAGGUUGAAUGGCUCCGCCGUCCUGGGCCCGGCUGUGAGGCUUUUACGGCUGCCGCGGAGAGGCGCCAAGCCGCCCGCUGCGGGCACGCGGUGCCGCGUCUUGGGCUGGGGCUUCGUGUCUGACUUUGAGGAGCCUCCGCCGGGGCUGAUGGAAGUCGAGGUGCGCGUCCUGGAUCUGAGUGUCUGCAACAGCUCCUGGCGGGGCCAGCUGAGCCCUGCCAUGCUCUGCACGCGCAGCGGGGACCGCCGGCGGCGGGGUUUCUGCUCGGCAGACUCUGGGGGGCCCCUGGUCUGUGGAAGACGGGCCCAUGGCCUUGUGUCUUUCUCGGGCCUCUGGUGUGGUGACCCCAAGACCCCGGAUGUCUACACUCAAGUGUCAGCGUUUGUGACCUGGAUCUGGGAUGUGGUUCGGGCAAGUUCGUCCCCUGGUUCUAUGGGACACUCUGUGAGUGCUGUUUGAGUUUCAGCCCUCUACUGGGGCAGCCUGUGCCCAUCGGCCCACAUCUGGUAAAUUCCGUGGCUUGGCCCUAAACCCUGAGAACUUGGGGCUUGGGCUACGGGUAUUCAUCCUAAAUGAACAGCUGUACUGAAGGCUGACUAACUAGAAA